GUUUUCGAUAUUCUAAUCCUUUUUUUGUUUUUGUUUGCGUAAAUCGUACCCAAAGCCGAGAGGGACCUCUCGAUCUGUUCAAACCAAAUCUCGAUCUGACCUUCCUCGCCGAAAUGACGGCGACGAGGGGUGGAGAACGAGGUUGCUAGCGAUGGGAGUUUACCCCGUCGACGACGACGAUCGACAACCAGACGAGAAAAGAACGAGGAGAUCUAGGUCAUGAAAACGGACGGAUCUAGGUGAGGUUCUCUUAAUCUCGGUUUAGUAUGGUUAGGAGUUUUAAUCUCAAAACUAGAUUAUUGGUGGUGAGUUUGAAAUACUUUACAGAUCUAGAUUUUAGGAAAUAUGGUUGUAUAUGCCCUCUGAUUGUUUUACUCUAUGAAUCAAGUUACUUAAGAAUCAAAGUAGUAAAAAAAUUAGAAGCUAGCCAAAGAUCACCGCCACUGCUUGCCAUCAUUAAUACUAAUGAAAAUAAAGUUUUCACU